UUUGGGUUAGCAUUUCCCCACACAAGGUUUUGACGCAAGCUUCGCAACACCUUUCCACCAACAAACGCUUUAAAGGAACGCAUCUUUUAUCACAAUGUACGAUGCAAUCUUGUCUGCCCUUGGCGACGACGAAGGUAUCCCCGUUGAACCCCGAACAGACUGUCCUCACGUCAAAGACGCGGUGACACCUCUCCCAUCCAAACCACAUAUCUCAAUUAAAACACCCUGCACAUCCUGCCAAGAUACCUCUGAAAAUUGGGUAUGCGUAACUUGUCACGACACGUUUUGUUCGAGAUUUGUACAAGGACAUAUGCAGGUGCAUUUUGAUCAAGUCCGUCACCACAUUGCGGUUAGUUACAGCGAUUUAUCAACCUGGUGCUACACAUGCAACGACUACAUUGACGACCCGGCCGUCGAUCCAAUUCGGUCCCUUCUCCACAAGGAGAAAUUUGGGGAGCCUCUUCCAGAACGAAAGCGAAACGAUCAGGCUGGGUCUAGUACUCUUUUGGUCACGAUGCAGGAAGCUGGAGAUGCCAAAGGAAAAGGAAAAGGACGGGCAGUGUGAAUAGUUGGAUAUAUAUUUUUUUUUUUUGAAGAGUGGUUGCAUCAUGCUGACCUGUUGAGGCCUCUUGACCAUUCCUGUGAUGUCAACCUAAUCUACCGUUGCCCGGCGCAUAAGAGAAGGCAUCUAACCAACCAAG